AUGUCUGACGCCAGGAAAAAGCAGCUCGUCUGGAACUUUCCGCCGAGGACGGGACCAUCAAGGACGAUGACAAGGAGUCGCUCGAGGUGGCGAUGUCUUGGAGAGUCGUUCGGUGUUGACCCUGACUCGGCUGAGGACAAGGCUGCCUACUCGAUUGCACCCGCCACGCUCCUGAGCCUUCUCGACGUCCUCAACAAGACGAGGAGCAAGUCUGCCCCGGCUGCCUCCCAGGCGCCCGCCGCUGAGGCCUCUUCGUCCUCUUCGGGACCCUCUGAGGCCGACAAGAAGGAGGCCGAGGCCCACAAGGUCAAGGGCAACCAGCUCAUGUCUCAGAAGAAGUACUCUGACGCCAUUAAGGAGUAUACUGCCGCCAUCGCCCUUGACCCCAACCCCGUCUACUACUCGAACCGUGCUGCCGCCUGGAGCGGACUGGGCAAGCAUGAGUCUGCCGUCGAGGACGCCGAGCGUGCGAUCGAGCUUGACCCCAAUCACGCCUACUACUGCCUGAACAAGUUCGCCGAUGCCGUCGAGGCGUACGAGAACGGACUGAAGAUCGACCCCUCGAACCAGAACAUGAAGAACUCCCUCGCGACCGCGAAGAGCCGUGCCGACGACCAGAAGUCGAACGCCGUUUCGGACCGUGAGCCGCGCAGCGGUGGAGGCGCUGGCGCCGGCGCUGGUGGCAUGCCCGACCUUUCGUCUCUCGCUGGCCUCAUGGGCGGCCUCGGCGGUGGUGGUGGUGGCAUGCCCGACAUUGCCUCGCUCAUGCAGAACCCCCAGAUGAUGCAGAUGGCGCAGCAGCUCAUGGCCAACGGCGGCAUGGAGCGUCUCAUGAACAACCCCACCCUCCGCAACAUGGCGGACAACAUGCAGAACGGCGGCGGCAUGCCCGACUUCAACCAGCUCGCUCAGGACCCCGCUAUGCGCGACCUCGCGCAGCAGUUCAUGGGCCAGGGCGGCCUCGGCGGCCAGAGCGGUGCUGGCGGCAACGGUGGCCGAUAA